UAAAGGACAUGUCUAUAAGACCAACUUCUGCUGAUGCUCGCAUGCUUUAAUCUUUUUGCCUCACAAAUCAACUGUAUCAGAUCUGUUGGAGCUUAUGGAUGUGCUGUAAUGGCGGAGAGCAGGCAUUAUGCACUUUCCAAUCCAUUAGAUAUCAGUCAAAUUGUAUUGGAAGCUCAGAACCGUUGGCUGCGUCCUGCUGAAGUUUGUGAAAUUCUUCGGAAUUAUCACAAUUUUCAUAUUGCUUCUGAUCCACCAAAUAGGCCACCAAGUGGUUCCCUCUUCCUCUUUGACAGGAAGGUAUUGAGAUAUUUUAGAAAAGAUGGUCACAAUUGGAGAAAGAAGAAAGAUGGAAAAACAGUCAGGGAGGCUCAUGAGAGGCUUAAAGCUGGCAGGAUUGAUGUCUUGCAUUGCUACUAUGCACAUGGAGAAGAAAAUGAAAAUUUUCAAAGACGAAGUUACUGGUUGUUGGAGGAGGAACUCGAGCACAUUGUUCUCGUUCACUAUCGAGAAGUGAAGGGUAAUAAAACAGGUUAUGGGCGUUCAAGAGAUGCAGAGAAAACUUUUCAAGUCACACCGACAAGCAGUCCAGUUCAUUCUGCUUCUCUUAACUCAAAUCCUUCCCAACUACAUUCUCAAACUACUCCUGGCUCAAGCAUGAGCAUUGGACAGUCUGAAUAUGAGGAUGCUGAAUCGGGUAACCCUCAAGUAACUUCCAGAUACAAAUCUCUUCUCGAGUUACAGCAACCGGAAUACAGGUUACAGAGGAAUCAAAAGGAUGCUGAUCUGUUGAAUAGUUAUCUUGAAGUUUUAAGAACAGAUAAUAUAUUUAAGAGCCAUCCCUUAAUUUUUACAAGCAAAGGCAAUCAUCAUGACAACCAGUCAGCUGCACCAGAAAUGUCAUUCGUCUCUCAUGAUCGAAACAACGUUUUGGAAGAGAAAAAUAUUGGUGGUUUUGAAAUGAAUCAACUUGAGCCGAGGAAACAGAUGGACAUGGCAUCUUGGUCAGAUGUCUUAGGACAUGGCACAAUGGGUUCUUCUGAUAAAUCUGUGUAUGUGGGAGGGCUGCCAAAUAAACAGUUCAAUGGCAUCUUUGAGCAACUGUUUGCUGAAGACAUAAGCACCAAGUCAGAAGCCCUUGCUAAACCAUAUGCACAAGAAGAAUGGCAGAUAGCCUCAAGUGAGGAUUCUUCAAAAGCAACAGCAAAUACACGCAUACAUACAGAACAAGGGAGUGAACCAUGUGGAAACUAUCAGCAGUCUAAGUAUCUUUGGAUGAAGCCUCAUAUUGACCAGGAACCAUUUUCUAUACAGUUUGGGAACUUAAAAGAUUCUUGUAUCAUAUUAAAAGAUGGCAGCUUCCCAGAAGUUGGACAUUUUCAAGAAUCAAAAUCCAAUGAGGAUGAAGUUGGUGUUGAAGAAUAUGCUGUUCACAGUCGUUUUCCAGAGCAACCUCUGCUGAAAUCAUUGUCCAAAACUGAAGGAGAAGAAGGCUUAAAGAAGUUGGAUAGUUUUAGCAGGUGGAUGAGUAAUGAAUUUGGAGGAGAGGAUGUAGUUGUUUCAUCUGAGUCUCGUUCAUUUUGGAGUACUCUCGAUAGUACCGAUGUGGUUGAUGAUUCUAGAAUGCCCCAUCAACUGAACUUGGGUACUGAUUCAUUGAGUCCCUCAAUUUCUCAAGAUCAGCUUUUCAGUAUUAUCGAUUUCUCACCAACAUGGGCUUACUCAGGCUUGGAUUGCAAGGUUCUCAUUACUGGGACAUUCUUGAUGAACCAAAAUCAGGUGGAGAAGUGUCAGUGGUCGUGCAUGUUCGGGGAAGUUGAAGUUCCAGCACAGGUGUUAACUGAAAAUGUUCUUCGCUGCCACACUCCAUCACAUGCUUCUGGAAGAGUCCCUUUCUAUGUAACGUGUUCCAACAGGGUGGCCUGUAGUGAAAUUAGAGAAUUUGAGUUUCUUGAUUGCGCUCCUGAAUACAUGGAUACUUUUACAGAUAUUGAUAACACUAGCACAAAUGAGAUGGUUCUUCGUGUACGACUUGCAAGUUUGUUGUCUUUGGGGUCCAGUAUUCCUGUGAAAUCUUUAUCUAGUAAUGUCAGAGAGGAAACUUAUAUAAGUGGCAAAAUUAAUUCCUUACUUAAAGAUAAUGACGAUGAAUGGUUCCAGAUAGAAAAUCUUACUGAUGAUGAGGACUUGUUUCCUGGUAAAGCAAAGGAUCAAUUGGUGCAAAAGCUAUUGAAGGAAAAGUUGCAUGCUUGGCUUCUUGUUAAAGCUGGUGAAGAUGGUAAAGGUCCUAAUGUCUUAGAUACACAAGGGCAAGGAGUGCUUCACUUAACAUCUGCUCUUGGUUACGAUUGGGCAAUAGCCCCCAUAGUUGCUGCGGGUGUUAAUAUCAAUUUCCGCGAUGUAAGUGGUUGGACUGCACUCCACUGGGCAGCAUCUUGUGGCAGAGAGCGAACAGUUGCUGCAAUUAUUGCCCUGGGUGGAGCACCAGGGGCGUUAAGUGAUCCUACUCCAAAGUUUUCUUCUGGGCAAACACCUGCUGAUCUGGCUUCUGUCAAUGGACACAAAGGAAUUGCUGGUUACCUAGCUGAGUCUGCGCUUACCUCCCAUCUCUCCAAACUUACUAUAGAGGAGGCUAUCGAGGAUGGCAAUGAAUUAGCCCUCACUAGUGAAAAUGCACUAGAGCCAACCAAUGAUGAGAUCAUUGAUCAGUUUAAUGAUGGUGACAGUCUUGAUGGACUGUCAUUAAGGAACUCACUAACAGCUGUUCGUAAUGCUGCUCAAGCUGCAGCUCGAAUUCAUGAAGUUUUCAGAGUGCAGUCAUUCCAUAGGAAGAAGCUUAUAGAGUAUGGAGAUGAUAAAUUUGGCAUGUCAGAUGAGCGAGCUCUCUCACUCAUUUCUGUUCAAAAGAUGAGGAAAACAGGGAAUGAUGAGCCUGUACAUGCAGCAGUAAGAAUACAAAGGAAGUUUCGAGGAUGGAAGGGAAGAAAGGAGUUCUUGGUAAUCAGGCAGCGUAUUGUCCAUCUUCAGGCCUUUUUUAGGGGUUAUCAGGUUAGAAAGCACUACAAGAAGAUUAUAUGGUCAGUGGGGAUUGUGGAAAAAGCAAUUCUCAGAUGGAGGCGGAAAGGGAGUGGGCUUCGAGGAUUCAAGCCAGAGGCAUCUAUCGAAGGCCCUAACGCACAAGCUGAGUCCUCCCAAAGUGAUGACUACGACUUUUUAAAAGUGGGCCGUAGGCAAACAGAGGAACGCUUAGAUAAAGCCCUUGCAAGGGUGCAGUCCAUGGUUCAGUACCCUGAAGCAAGAGCUCAAUACAGGCGUCUGAUGAAUGUUGUGAAUGAAUUUCAGGAGUCCAAGGUUGAUUCUGAGAGGCUCUUAAGGCAAGCGGAAGAAAUUGAAUAUGAGCUCAUCGAUUGUGUAACAUUAGAGGAAGAAGAUACUAUCAUGGGUUAGCAUAUUGAACUUAGUACUCUCUCGUACAGUCAUUGGUAUUCUUUCCUUUGAUUUCCCUCUCCCUUUCUAAUCGGGAAAGGUAACUGCUGUAAUAUAUUUAUAUGUGGAAAAAGUGUUGUACAUAAAUAUUUAUAGGGUUUUGAAUAAUAUGUGCUUGGUGAUAGUGAAAACAAAUA